AUGGCGUCCUGUCUACAAGAAACAGAAUGGAAUCUGGACUCACCGGCCAAGGAAGUUGUCUGGAAGCCGGUGUCUCUCACGCACGUGGUAUAUCCCGAAGGUGAUUUUGUUGGAAAAUGUUUUGCGUGGUUUAGCCUUCUUCCAGUUUUUAUUAUUGUAUCUUUUGUCACACUGAUUGCCUUUAGGAGAGAACUGCACACAAUUACAUUCUUUGGUGGUUUGCUUGUAAAUGAAAUUGUUAAUUGGGUAUUGAAAAACAUCAUCAGACAACCCAGACCAUGCAGAGAGCAUGAAGUCGUGUUUUCAGAGUAUGGCAUGCCAUCAAAUCAUUCGCAGUUUAUGUGGUUUUUCGGUGUUUAUCUUGUUUUAUUUGUAUAUAUCAGGAUACAGUACAGCACUUCUAGUACAUGCAGUCUAGUGGAUUUAGCAUGGAAACAUGUGGUGGCAGUCGGUGCUCUUUUGGUUGCUGCUAUUGUCACCUAUAGUAGAGUAUAUCUUCAUUAUCACACAAACAGACAGGUGUACAGUGGUGCUGUAGUUGGCUCAUUGGUUGCCGUGUUAUGGUUCAUUUUCACACAGUUGGUGCUGACACCGUUAUUUCCAGUGGUUGUAUCAUGGCCGCUGUCAGAAAGACUUAUGUUGAGAGAUUCCACACUCAUUCCCAAUGUUCUAUGGUUCGAGUAUGCAUCAGCAAGAGCAGAAGCAAGAGCAAGGCAGCGGAAGCUACAGUAAAUAUUAUGAAUUAUUAGACUGGUUACCAUGGAGAUAUGUAUCAAAAUGAGAUUAUUGAGAAUGAAAUGAAGGAUGGUAUCUGAUAUAAUGAGCAAUACUUAAUGAAACUCUAACAGUGUGCAAUCU